GGUGCCUAUCCAGGAAGUGUAGUUGUUUCGUAUUUACGAGUAAAGAUGGUGGACGUUUUUGCUUCAGUAGCAUGGGGGAAGUGGUUCCCAUUACUUAAAUUAUUGUUGGUUUUCAUCUCGGCGUUUUGUGGAAAUGUGGUAGCGGAGUUGACAGAUGGUCAGAAUGAACACCUCAAGCGUGAACAUUCACUGGUCAAACCCUAUCACGGGGUGGGGUCCAGCUCUAUGCCAUUAUGGGAUUUUGGAGGAAGCACAAUGUUGACAAGUCAGUACAUAAGACUAACUCCCGAUGAGCGUAGCAAGGAAGGCUCUAUCUGGAAUAGAGCGCCUUGUUACCUGAAGGACUGGGAGCUCCAUGUACAAUUUAAAAUUCACGGGCAAGGAAAGAAGAACCUCCAUGGAGAUGGUUUUGCUGUCUGGUAUACAAAAGAUCGGCUAGUACAUGGACCAGUCUUUGGUAGCAAAGAUAAUUUUCAUGGCUUGGCAGUGUUUGUGGACACCUAUCCUAAUGAUGAAGUAACAGAUCGUAUAUUUCCAUACAUUUCGGUAAUGGUCAAUAAUGGAUCAAUUCCAUAUGACCACAGCAAGGAUGGGCGCACGGCUGAGCUGGCUGGAUGUUCUGUAGAAGUCCGAAACAAAGAUUAUGACACCUUCCUGGCAAUCCGCUAUUCUAAAGGGAGGCUGACGUUAAUGACAGAUACUGAAGAUAAGAAUGAGUGGCGAGACUGCGUUGAUAUCUCUGGGGUGAGGCUUCCCACUGGUUACUACUUUGGAGCCUCAGCUGCAACAGGAGAUCUGUCAGAUAAUCAUGACAUCAUCUCAAUGAAGUUGUAUCAACUGAUGGUUGAGUACACGCCUGAAGAGGAAAAUAUAGACUGGACUAAGAUCGAACCUAGUGUCAGCCUUCUUAAAUCACCAAAAGAUAACAUUGAUGACCCUACAGGAAAUUUUCGUAGUGGACCCCUGACUGGAUGGAAAGUGUUCUUGCUUCUGCUUUGUGCUUUGCUUGGCAUCAUUGUAUGUGCUGUGGUUGGUGCUGUUGUCUUCCAGAAACGUCAGGAGAGAAACAAACAUUUCUAUUAAUGUCAGCCAGCAAAGGAGUGCUGAACACAGUAAUCUGUCAGUUUCAGUCAAUGUGACAAUUUUGUAAUACAGACUGCAAAAAAUGAAAAAAAAAUUUAUACUGAGCAGUAAAGAGAGAAAAUAAUUUGAAAUAUUUUCUUAAGCCUUUUGAUCGCAAGGCAGUGUAAAGCAUUUGAAGGAAAAACUUUUAAGAUGAGUUUGGGCUAAACUGGGUGCUUUGGAUCAUGCACUGAAACACGCAUGCACACAUACUGCCCAGCCUCUUCAGGAAUUCCUACUUCCACUGAGUGAAACAGUUUGACUUAUUCCUCAUAACAAUUGUGACCUACUUAUGAGAAUAUUGCUUUAGUUAAAGCAAGGAACAGAAAUCCGUAAGAGUGGAAAUAAGGUUUCCUAACUGCUUUGAACUUGAGUUAAUUUGGGGACGCGGAGUAUAGAACGAUGGUGUAAAGUUGUAAGGGUGAAAACUUUGCAUCUCCUAGAAGGUGAUCUCAUCAGAAAUUAAUGGGAAUAUAGUUUUUUUUUUUUUUUUUUUUUUUUUUUUUUUGUUAUGGCUUUGAUUUUGUUUAAUUUCUGUAUACGCCUUAUUUGAAUUCUGACAGUUUUCAUUUAGCAGAAGUCACCUUUGCACAUGACCGAAUAUGUGGAGCACAUUGUGUAUGCUGCCAGAGAAAUACAGUGCUGUCUGAUGUGCUGCAGGAGUUCCCUUGUAGCUUUUCUCCUAUAUUAUCUGUGCAGUGCCAGCAGCUCAUCUCCAAAGCAUCAAUGAGUGGGUAUGGAGAAGUAGUGGAAUUUCUUCAGCUUAAUGGCACAAGACUUUAGACAGAAGUUCCAUUAACAGGUUCCUUGUAGUCUGUUAUGGUAUUCUGUCCUUUUCUCCCCCGUCUGCAUCUUUCCCUGCCAGCCCUCCUUUCCAAGAUGAUGCCUUAAAUUUAGCUUGCAGUGCGAGCUGUGUUCCUAAGUUAAAGACCUUCUACUGCUGCCUUCCUGAGCCGUGAGUCUGUAGGAGUAGAUCUGAUCAGGGCAGCCAUAUCCCUUGAGUCAUAUCGUGAAAAUGUAGUACGAGGAGUAAGCUUACCCAGGUGCUUUUCUGUUGGCUAGUACCAGCCAUUGAAACAUGUUGCCUCUGUUAGCAUGCUGUCGUCCUUAUUGACUGCUGUUUUUCUGCUUACUUCUGUAUGCUGUUGCAUCUGUCAGACACCUUCACCUUUAUAGUGGCUUUCAGGUAUUUGAUUUUGACAAAUGGCCAAACUAGUGUAUAUAAUAAUAAAAAAAAAAUAUAUAUAUAUAUAUAUAUAUAUAUAUAUAUAUAUGUGUGUGUACCAUAUCCAAGCAGAACCAGUUUUAACAGCUUGCCAUUCAUCACCAUUAUGCUGCUGCUUUCUUCACACGUGGUUUAGGUUUAAUGCAUCCACCCAUAUAGUAAUGUGUUCUCAGUUUACCAAGAUGAUAAACCGUCUUCAUGAUGUAUGUGCAAUACCUGGCCUGGUAAUACACUAGUUCUUGAGUAUUUGUCUGGCUGCUUCUGGUGUGUAAAAACAUAUUUGGUAGGCUUAUUGACCUGCUGUUUGGAAGACUUUGCAAAGUGGAGCCACCAUAACUGGGACACAAACUUUGAUUCACCACAGUGUGUGUGCUCCAUGACAUGACAUAAAAAAAGGUUGUGCAAAUGUGUUAUCCUACACUGGGAGAAACUGUGAACUUUUUGUGGACUAUUGACUAAGAAUCUGGGAUUUUACAGUACACAGUAUAGCUGCUUCACUUUUUUUUUUGGUAUUGAAUCCUUGCGUUAAUUAAAGAAUAUUUAAAAAUA